GCAGCACUUGCCACACCAGCAUAGUAUAAUGCAACCCGUCACCAUGACACGACUGCCACUGCUGCUACUGUUGCUACUUCUACUGGUACCUGCUGGGGAACCUUCAGCAAAGCCUGACAUGACUACAGACGAGAAAGAUAUAUUCGUUCAUAUCCUGAAGGUGCUACUGAUCCCAAGGCUUGAGUCAACGGUGGAUGUACGACAGAAGAUACGCCUGCAUGUCUCCCCUUACUGCUGCCCCAACAACGACCAGCCACCAGACAUCCUCAGAGCCGCGCCUCGUGGAGACACCAGGUGCUGCUCUGAUGUCACUUGCUGCGCCCUGGGUCUCUCAUGUUGUAGCACAGCAGACAAAUGAUGAAGCGUUGCCAGAGAGAGAGAGAGAGAGAGAGAGAGAGAGAGAGAGAGAGAGAGAGAGAGAGAGGAAAGACACGCCCGGAUGAACUUAGAGAAUAAGUGGAAGAUUGAAAAGAUAAACAGAAAAAGGCAACAAUGAAAACAAGAAAGUAAAUAUGGAGAAAAAAAAAAGAUAAACAAGGAAACGUGAACACUGAUAUUUAAACAGAAGAAAAAAGAAGAGCUAGUGUGAACAAUGGGACAAAUGUGUGGAUGAAUAUACACUGGAUAAACAAGUAGAGGAAUGAGAUAUGGAGGGAAAUAUAGAUUAAUGAAUAAAUAUCCUUAAU